UAUUACUAUUGUUUAUCGUUGUUCUGAUCAUAACAUUUAUCGGAUCAUGAAUAGUAGUACAGUUAAACCAGAAUUUUGUGAUAGUUCAAUUGUAUUAUCCGAUGAAUUGAACCUAUCCGACCAAAGUGAAUAUUAUGAAUUAUUUAGCGAAAAUGAAUAUAAUUAGAAAUAGUCGUACAACGUGUGAUUUAUUAUAUGAUGACAAAGAAGAAACGUUUCAACUUCGUAAACUAUUUCAUUUUGCUGCUGGUAUUGUAUAUUCAUCUGGCUUGCUCUAUUCACCAUAUCUUCUUUCAUUGAUGUCUGUCGCAUUACUUAUUGUAUUUUGGUGUUUUGAAUGGAUCCGAAGGCGAGGGCCAUCUACUCUUUCCUCCUACCUUAGUACUUUGGUUAAUCCAUUUCGUGAUAAACGAGAUUCUGGUGACAUUCUGUUCACACCGAUUGCUCUUUUACUCGGUUUAAGUAUUCCUGUUUGGUGGCCACAAAAUAGAAAUACUAAUGGGAGUAUAAUUAGUAUUGGCAACUUAUGUUACGAGUUGGAUGUGAAGCCGUCAUCAUGGUCAGGAGUUCUAUCAAUAGCUAUAGGCGAUAGUUUUGCUGCAUUAGUUGGACGAACUUAUGGAAAGCGUCGUUGGCCUGGAUCACAUCGAACAUAUCUAGGAUCUUUCGCUUCAUUCUUUUCUCAAAUGAUUGCAUGGACAAUAAUAUCAUAUUAUUAUUCAUGGUAUUGGUUAACCGGUAUUAUUCCUUUAUUUAUCGGUGUACUUAUUGAAGCAUAUAUUGAUCAAAUUGAUAAUUUAGUUAUACCAUUGAUUGUUAUGCUUAUUUUUCAUAGUUUAUAA